UCCCUUAUCUUGACAAGGAAGUCAGCAGGUCGAGAAAUUCAUUUCAUGAUGGAACUCGUUACCACAAUUUUCCAUCUUCUACAACUUUUAAUGUUCAUUGGAUGUGUUGUUCAACCAUCACAGAGUGAAACUUUGUAUUGGCAAAACAGAGAUGGCUCUCUGGGUGGAACAUUAUAUUAUAAAAUUCAAAAUUCACUUGAAGACUGUACGAAGAAAAUGAUUCAAACAGUUAUUAAGGAUUUUGAUGAUCUUCUUAACUCUGAUGGCUCAACGUCGUGUAUCCGUCUGGUAGAAACGGAUGGAAGUCCCAAUUCUCAUCCAAACACUGUGCAUGCCUACGUUUAUUUUCAGUAUUUGUUUGAUAGAUGUGAGUAUCAAAUAAGUUCACCUGGAAUGCCGCCUCCAGGAAAUGGAGUUGUCCAAAUUCCAAUCAAGGUAAAUGAUGACUGUAUAGAGCGUUCUAGGCUGGUGUAUGCCUUAGCAAGAAUUCUUGGAUUACCUGACGAACACACCCGAGGCAACAGAGACAACUACAUCGACAUACACUGGAAUAAUAUUGAGAGAGAAACCAUUCGUGCGAAGAAAUAUAACAUAUCAUCACCAAUGUACUGGGCUGAAAUUGAAAGUAUGCCGUAUGAUUAUACAUCAGUUACUCACAUUGGUCCAUUCGAACACGCUCUUGAUAUAAGGAAACCGACACUAUCAUCUAAAUAUGAAGGAGUGUAUUUUGGAAAUCAUCAGAAUCUCAGUGUAAUUGAUGUUAUGAAACUUAGGAAUCUAUACAAAUGUCCAUUAGGUACACGUUUUCACCCUAUACAUUGUACGUUUGACCUUCCUCUUUGUGGGAUGGUGAACGACUGGACAUUAUCUGGGAUCCAAUGGACAAAAAGAAAAGGUCCAGCAUCAGAAGAAGGACCACAGACUGACCAUUCAAAUGGAAAUGGGUGGUAUAUGUUUGCCAAUGGUACAGAAACUUUCAGCACUGCUAGUCUGGUCAGCAUUACCGAGGUGUCCCCCGGAGACGUAUGUUUCUCUAUGUACUACUUUAUAGAGGAUAACUCAACUACUAUCAGGAUAUCUAUAAAGGAGUCAGCUAGUAACAACAUUACCCAAAGUAGAGAAAUUAAACAUAAGGAAGGAAUAUCCUGGUCCGAAGCCAGGUUCAAUUUAAAGUCAACCAAAACUUGGCGAUUAUUAAUAGAAGCUGAUGUUUCAAAUGGUACAGUAGCAAUUGAUGACGUCAUUGUGCAGUAUGGAAAAUGUAUAUCUUCAGAAAAAUGCUAAAAUGACAGGAGUGUUUUCUUUGAGUUGAAAAAUUCAAAAAGUUCAUUUUAUAUGUUUUCAUAGCUAUCAAUAAACUAGUUAAAAUAUGCUUUUAUGUAUACUGUAAGCCAACUAUUAUUCGU